GGCGCCAUGUUUUGGAAGUUUGACCUGCACACAAGCUCGCACCUCGACACGCUGCUGGAGCGGGAGGACCUGAGCCUGCCCGAGCUGCUGGACGAGGAGGACGUGCUGCAGGAAUGCAAGGUCGUCAACCGAAAGCUGCUGGACUUUCUGCUGCAGCCGCCACACCUGCAGGCCAUGGUGGCCUGGGUCACCCAGGAGCCGCCGGCCAGUGGCGAGGAGCGGCUGCGCUACAAGUACCCCAGCGUGGCCUGUGAGAUCCUGACGUCGGACGUGCCCCAGAUCAACGACGCACUGGGUGCGGACGAGUCCCUCCUGCACCGGCUUUACGGCUUCCUGCAGAGCAGCGGCAAACUCAACCCGCUGCUGGCCAGCUUCUUCAGCAAGGUCAUGGGCGUCCUCAUCAACCGCAAGACCGACCAGCUCGUGUCCUUCCUGCGGAAGAAGGACGAUUUUGUGGACCUGCUGCUGCAGCACAUCGGCACCUCGGCCAUCAUGGACCUCCUGCUGCGCCUCCUCACCUGCGUGGAGCGGCCGCAGCUGAGGCAGGACGUGGUCAAUUGGCUCAAUGAGGAGAAGAUUGUCCAGCGGCUCAUCGAGCAGAUCCACCCAUCGAAGGACGACAAUCAACAUUCCAACGCAUCCCAGUCCCUGUGCGACAUCAUCCGCCUGUGCCGGGAGCAGAUGAUCCAAGUGCAGGACAGCCCGGAGCCUGACCAGCUGUUGGCCACCCUGGAGAAGCAGGAGACGAUCGAGCAGCUUCUGAGCAACAUGUUGGAGGGGGAGCAGAGCCAGUCCGUCAUCGUGAGUGGAAUCCAGGUGCUACUGACGCUGCUGGAGCCCAGGAGGCCCAGGUCUGAGUCUGUGACUGUGAACAACUUCUUCAGCAGCGUGGAUGGGCAGCUGGAGCUUCUGGCCCAGGCAACCCUGGACAACGCCGUGUCCAGCGUGGGGACCCUGCAUGCCCUGCGCCCACGGCUCAGCCGCUUCCACCAACUCCUGCUAGAGCCGCCUGAGCUGGAGCCGCUGCGCACGACAUGGGGCACCCUGGCCCCACCGCUGGGCAACACACGGUUGCACGUGGUCAAGCUGCUGGCCAGCGCCCUGAGUGCCAGCGAUGCGGCCCUGACCCAGGAGCUCCUGGCACUGGACGUGCCCAACACCCUUCUGGACCUCUUCUUCCACUAUGUGUUCAACAAUUUCUUGCACGCCCAAGUGGAGGUGUGUGUGAGCACGAUGCUGAGCUCUGGGCCUCCUUCCAACAGCAGCUCUGACACACCCGCCCAGAACCCUGUCGUGAAACACCUGCUGCAGCAGUGCCGCCUGGUGGAGCGCAUCCUGACCUCCUGGGAGGAGAACGACCGUGUGCAGUCCGCAGGGGGCCCUCGGAAAGGCUACAUGGGCCACUUGACAAGGGUGGCCAACGCCCUGGCGCAGAACUCGGAGAAGGGGCCCAACGCCGAGCAGCUGGGGCAGCUGCUGAAGGAGCUGCCAGAGGACCAGCGGGAGCGGUGGGAGGUGUUCGUGUCAGGACCCCUGGCGGAGACCAACAAGAAGAACACCGUGGACCUGGUGAACACCCACCACCUGCACUCCUCCAGCGACGACGAGGACGACAGGCUCAAGGAGUUCAACUUCCCAGAGGAGGCAGUGCUGCAGCAGGCCUUCAUGGACUUCCAGAUGCAGCGCAUGACCUCAGCCUUCAUCGACCACUUUGGCUUCAAUGACGAGGAGUUCGGGGAGCAGGAGGAGAGCGUAAAUGCGCCUUUCGACAAGACGGCCAACAUCACCUUCUCCCUCAAUGCCGACGACGACAACCCUAACGCCAACCUGCUUGAGAUAUGCUACAAGGACCGGAUCCAGCAGUUCGAUGAUGAGGAGGAGGACGAGGAAGAGGGCCAGGGUUCAGGGGGGUCUGAUGGAGAGGAUGGUGCCUGGCAGGGCGGCCAGCUGGCCAGGGGGGCCCGCCUGGGCCAGCCCCUGGGUGUGCGGAGCGGAGGCAGCACAGACAGUGAGGACGACGAGGACGACGAGGACGAUGAGGACGACGAGGAUGGUGACCGGCGGGUGGCCCGUGGCAGGGCUGGGCCCACCUGUCAUCCCAGCCCCGGCCCCCAGCCUCCGGGCCCCAGCUGGACAGCAACCUUUGACCCAGUGCCUGUGGAUGCCCCGACCAGCCCCCAAGCCUGCAGGGAGAAGGAACUGCACUCUGGGCCCCCUGCCCCACAGGAGCCCCGCAGUGGGCCCCUGGACCUCCCUACCCCGAGCCCAGCUGGCCCUGCAGCCCCCAGCACCCUGCAGCUCAGGUCUCAGGAUCCCAUCCCUUCCUCAGCACCUCAGGAAGCCACAGACGGCAGCAAAGUAGCGGAGCCCUCGGCCCCCUGCCAGGCCUUGGUCAGUGUUGGGGACCUCCAGACCACCCUCAGAGGGACGCACUCCGCCCCCAGCUCCUUGGACAGUGCAACCAGAGACCCUGCUACCUCUGUCCCAGCCCCCAGGGCCCACCAGCACCCCCAGACCACGGAGGGGGUGAAGAGCCCAGAGUCCUUGGGGCUCCCCCGAAGCCAGAGUGCCCUGGCCCUCGAGCCACUUCCGAUGCCCAAUGGCUCUGCCCCAGGAGGGCCGGCGUCCCCGGGCUCCCAGUAACUGCCUGGUCCCAGUGGUGGCAGCCAAAUCCUCCGUACUCCACGUGGACCCUGUCCGGGUGGGGGCAGGGCAGGUUCCGCAGUGGCCCUGUUGCCCCAUCACCCCAUCCCUACCCUACCCACCCCAGGUCCUCUCUGGACUCCCAGGAGGCUGGUGCCAGGGAGACAGGCCCCUCACCCCACCCCCAUUUGCACUGAGAGAAGAAAUUAUGGAGUUUUGUCUCCUAGAAUAGAGUCAAAUAGAGAGAGAGAGAGAGAGAGAGAGAGACCUAUAUUAUAUAUUAUGUGUGUGUAUAUAUAUAUAUAUAUAUAUAUGUGUGUGUGUGUGUGUAUAUAUAUAUAUAUAUAUACAUAUAUAUAUAUAUAUAUAUAUAUCUAUCUCGAGGGGGGAGAGAGUGGGUAGGCGGGGAGCCAGAAGGAAGCAGGACUGGGUGGCAGUGGCUUGGACCUUCACCCUGUCCCACUGGGGCCGCUGUGGUGAGGGUCCUGAGGCUGCCACCCACCCUCCCCUCCCACCAUGCCCACCCACCCUCCGGUGCAGACGCCCACACCCACACUUGGCCUUUCAGCUCAGGUCCACCUUGGGGGAGGGCCCGAGUGGGGGUCGUGCCUUUGCCCAAAUCCCCUUGCCUCGGACCCUGCACUUUGACCCAGGCUGGGAGCUAAAAGACCCUCCACCUGGCCCAGCCAGCUCUGUGGGAGGGAGCUGGGGGUCCUGGUCCCAGGGGGCCUCCCCAGUGACAUUCCCUUGGGGCCCUCACGCACUCACUGAGACCCCCCCAUCUCCCAUGGACUCUGGGGUGGGGGUCUGGCUGGGGUCCCCGUCCUACUCCCAAGGGUCUGGGGUCCAGCCCAGCUGCCAAGUGACCUUGUCCCAGCUCCCUCUCCCCAGGCUGGCGUGAGUGUGCGUGUGUUUGUGCCGAGCUUCUGUUUCAUAUUGCAAAUAUAAACAAAUAAAGGAAGACAGUUUAAGACUC